GAGUAAUGAAUGAAGACGUGGUUGCUCCACUUACUGGCAAUACUAGGGAUUAACAGAGCCAAAAUAAUGGGGGAUCCAGAAAUGGGCCGAGCAUCGAUUUGUUUAUUCAUAUUCCUAAAAAAGAUAUUUUUCCGUCAUGGGGAAUAACAGAUAGCCUGCUAAAUGCAGGUAAACAAUAAUGGUCGAUGAUGUGUAGUUUAGUGUGAUGUGAUGGCGACCGAAUGCAGCCAAGAAGCGGUGUUAUGUUUUCUGACGGAGAGAGGAGGGAGAGUGAAGAACACGGAUUUGAUCAAGCACUUCCGAUCCUUCAUUUCCCCCGAGCCCGAGAGGAAAGCCGCGGUUAAAGAGGCGUUUAAGAGCUACGUGGACAGCGUCGCGGUGGUGAAAGUGGAGAACGGAGAGAAAUAUGUCUGUCUGAGGAAAAGGUUCAGAGGGUCGGUGAAACGGGAGGAUGGCCAUCAUGGACCGGACAGCGCCGCCGUCCUGGAAACGAGCCUCAGCGCUGUUGUUACCCAUGACAACCGCAGGGACAACUGCCUCGCGCCUGUCAAACCGGGCAAGCAUCCGAGCCACGCGCUCAACACCGCCGUCCCGUCAGAGCACAAAGAUACAAAACAAGAAAUACCGCCUGCCUCGUUUUGCGCAGGUGCGCGCACACCUCCGAAUACUUCGCAAACCGGUCCGGAUGUAUCAGCCUUCAUUUCGGCCGCGCACGGAUGUGAGGAUAAAACGGAAAUGGGGAAUAAGCAUACCGGGAACGCUGGCGCUGCGAAUCACACCAGGUCUGUCCGGAGAUCAGAUGAAGCUCUGCAUGAUGCACAAACUUCUACGGGAGGAUGUGUUCCGGAGAUCGCCAAGACUGAACCGGAGACUGACAGAAGCACGUACUUAUACGUUGCAUAUUUACCGACGCAUACCGAAGAAGUAUGCCCGAGCGAGGACAGAGCUGAUCAGAGUCACCCGGAGGGCGAGUCCGCAACGAAAGCACGCGAGGAGGACAGGUUAGGAGCAGGGAGUGGAUCACCGCGGAUCAGUUUAGGCACGUGCGAGGGCGGAGCGGAUGAGGGAAGCGCGGACUCUGCGAGCAGCACGCCCAAAGGCAGUCGGAAGAGUUUCAUCGCGCACAUGAUGAGCAGCUCGCCGCAGGUACGACGCAGCAUGGUGCUCAGGCACAGCCGACACGCAGCCAAGAGCGACUGCGACCCGUCGUCGGUAAACUGCGCGCACGCUGAAGAAGAGAGCGCCUCCGCGACGCUGGACCCCGUGGAGCACGAGUGGAUGAUGUGCGCCUGCGACGGUGAAUGGGACAGCCUGGGUCGGCUCCUGAACAGGGAGCCCAGCCUCGUUUCCAAGAAGGACUUCGUUACCGGUUUCACGUGCCUGCACUGGGCCGCCAAGCUGGGCAAACACGAGCUGCUCGCCCAGAUCGUGAACUUUGCGCGGCAACGCGACUUGGCACUAGACGUGAACGCGCGCUCGAGCGCCGGCUACACGCCCCUCCACCUGGCCGCCAUGCACAACCACAUCGAGGUAAUCAAGCUGCUGGUGGGCGCGUGCGACGCCGACGUGGAGGCGCGCGAUUACAGUGGCAAGAAGGCGAGCCAGUAUUUGCGCAGCGAUGUCGCGCGAGACGUCCUUGACAUAGCGGGCGCCGACGCUGCCUCCGACCCCAGGAGCGAGGAGCUCGCGCUCGGAGACGACGCCAGUGGGUGGAAGCUGCCCCGAGUUCUUCAAGCCAACCUGAGGCUGCUGAACCGCAGCGCGAGCGAGGACGACGGCCGGGACUGUGUCGGGGGGCUCGCGAGGGAGAGGCCACUUCGCCGGAAAUCGUCACUUAACAAGCUAAAGCCCAGACUGAGCAAGGUGCGAGCGGGGAUCACGCCGAUCGUUCACAGCACUUCUCACUUUGAGCGGCUCGAGGGAGCCACGGGUCAAACUUCCGGUCCGUUUAGAACCAGACCCAAGUCAAACCUAUUUGGUUGAUCUCAGACUUCUCAGAUUUGCUGCUUACACACACACACACACACACGCACGCGCGCGCAGUGUGUAGGGAUUAUUCCAAGGGCCAUGGCAGACAGAAGGGGUCCAUUAACCUGUCAGGGGGCACAAAUUCCUCCUUGCACACCUGCUACAAGGGGAACACUUGUGAAUCUACCACCAGCACCAGAGAUGCAGAUGAAUGCAAAAGUUUGCAUCCCCCUAGGUUUUCUUGAGGAAAAAUAAUUGAUCUACAAACAAUUCCAUGUUAAUUUAAUGGUGUUGUUUUGUUCAAAACGUGUUAUAGCUGUUGAGUCUCAGUCAGCAUUUAUCUUUUCUUUUUUUUCUUUUUUUUUAAAUUUAUAGCAGACUCAGAAGGUUCUAUCAAAUAGGAGUAGUUUGGGGGAGGUUGGGGUUGGAAUGAGCAUAAAUCCAAAACAAAGACCAGCAGCCUGCAAGUCCUGAUUUAAUUAUAUCAUAUUUUAAAAAUCUAAUUUUAAUUGUUUUACCACUAACAUUUUUCUGACCAUUUCUAAUCAAGGAACAUCUCUGGGGUGAAAAAAACCCCUACCUUGCGUUAACCUUCCUUCUGGUUUGUUUAAUCGUUUUAGAAGUGAGGGAAUGCAAACAUUUGCACUCAGUUAAGGAAGUUUAUUAAAUGCAACCUUUAGCUGUUUGCUGUGGUAGGUAGGAGCUUAUCACGCAUGGAGCUGAAACAAAUCACAGAUUUGUAAUACAUUUGAAUAUAAUACUAUUUUAAGCACUUACAUAUAUGUCAAUAUACUAGGCCCAUCAUACACUAUUACUCCAAACGCAUUUACCUAAAUAUUAGACUAAACUGACCCUCCACUGAGCCUAGUCCCAGAGUUAAUAUUGAUUCUCGAUUAAAAGUAUUUUACUUAAAUAUUUACCAAUAUUGUCUACCCAGCAAGCUAAUAAUCUGUAAUCUGUAGAAAAUGUGGUGAACAGGGCCAUAUAGAGCAGCACUGUGUAGGCAAUAGACGGUCCACCCUGUGUACUGCCAUAAAUAUCACAAAAUGUGACCAUGUGACAUUAUUUUUUUUACUGGAAUGAUUUAACACCACCUUUCACAAAUUGUGUGUAUAUAAAGUAAAGCGCCUGAAACUCAGCCUACUCGAGCUGCCGUUACAGCCACACAAUACAUAUUUACAGUACAAACCUUUGAACUUGCCAUGUACAAAGUACAAAAAAAACAAGUCCCAAGUACGCAAGGAAACAUUAAAGGGUGUGCUGUUAUAGGAAAAUAAUCAAUGACAGGGCGGUGUGAUGCAACCCAAAGCGAAGCAACGUUGCUCUGUUACGAUCUCAAAGUGGAUUAUUUUCAUAUUUACUGUAUAACAGGACAUCCCAAAGUGUUUUAUUCCUCCUGUGCCACAGCAAUUUACCAACAAUUACAUUUCAUUUAUUAAUGAACAACACAGCAUUUUUAAAAAUUCAUUUAUAGUCCGUCCCUCCCGGAUUUCGCAAUUUUGCGAUCGCAGAAAUGAACGCGAAAUCAAAAUCCGCAAUAUUCCAAGGAGUUUGCAAUUUUUCAAAAUUACUGCAGAUUUUCCACAGAUUCGGGCCAACACGCGUCAUGUGACGUCAUCACAACGCGCAUUCACAACGCUGCAACAAUCACAAAAAAAACUCUGCGAAAUCCUGUACGGACUGUAUAGUUAUAUUUAAUGUUGGGGAAUGUCGACAAAACAAGUUAGUUCCUAAUAUCACUUAUGUUAUAGCAGCUAUAAGCAGAAACCGGAAACCACAAAGUCCUCUGUCCUGAAGACCUAAAGGACUGUUACAAAGUGCUGACCCCAGAGGACUCCUUUCAUGAUACGUUUAAAGAAAACUUCCGAGUGUCAACAAUCAGGCAUUUGUUUUUUUUUAUUUUUUAUUACAGCUGGAAAUAUUUUCAGAGUAGCUCUUAGAGAAAAUGAAUCAACACUUUCUAACCAAUCAGAUUUGAGAAUAAAACAGCGCUGUGGUAUAAUAUCACAUAUUACUGUUUACUGCGCUUAUGAAAAAAACAACUAUGGUCAGGAUGGUUUCUCCUGCUAUAGGCACAGAGCUGUCAGUCAUCACUAGACAAAAGUAUUUAACAGUUUUCUUUACAUGAUUCAUUCAGUGAUGUUAAAAGCAGGGGAAAAAAACAGAAAAAUAGGAAUAGUCAUUUCAGCAACCAGCUCAGACUUCGGUUAAGUUACGGGAUGAGCACAGGGAAAGAAAAACAAGCAAUGCUAUAUACUCGCUUCUCACUAUAAUCCACUGUCAUUUUCAGAUGACGCGCUUUACAUUUACAUCGAAUGUGAUUUUUGUUGCACUUUUCAGUAAGAGAGCACUUAAUUAUAAUUAUAACAAGCGAAACCCUUAUCAGAGUUAAGCAGUUAAGUAACACAAACAUUUUAUUUCCCCCGAGUUAAGUUGUGAAAAUCUUGCUGAGUGUUCGAGCAUGUCUGAAAACGUUAGCGUCAUUGUGGUGAGCGAGUUCGAGCUCGUUCCCUCUUCACACACUGCUGACUGAGUGAUUUGUCAGAUCUGUGGGUUGGCCACAAUGAAUUUGGAGUCUGGAAAAACACAUCUCUUAAAGGAAUACACCAGACUUUUUUUCUUCUUCUUCUAUUUAGUAUAUCUGUAGUGUGCAUGUGAUUAACAAAUGCGAAGAAUUUCUAUGUUUCCUUGUAUUGAGGAUAGAAUAUCAAAUCUGCUUUCUGAAAAUGAACAGGUAGAGCAUUUUCAUAGAAUGUUGAAAUGAAAUCUUCAGUGAAAAGUCACAUGGGAAUUAAAUUAGAGGACUUCGCAACA